UACACGUAAUUUAUACUUUUUAUACGUUGUUUUUUUUGUUGUAAUAGUAUUUUAUUAAAAAUUCAUUAACAUAUAUAAAGUCUUCUAACACCAUUAUUCUCUCUCUUAAAAUCUUUGUUCUCUCUUCUAAGCUCUGAAAAAAAUUCAUCAAAAAAAAAAAAAAAAAAAAAGAAUAAAGAGAUGUUUUGUAGGAACAAUUUUCGGGUUUUAGGAGGUUUAAUUUUGUUAAUUCAGUUAUUUACAUUUGCUUCUGCCCAAGGAACUACCUCCAAAUGGUUGACACUUGAUGGAUUUUCUCCUUUAGUAGUUGCAAGAGGUGGAUUUUCUGGGUUGUUUCCAGAUUCUAGUGCAAUGGCCUACCAAAUUGCAAUUGGUACUAGUGUGCCAGAUUUGGUGUUAUGGUGUGAUGUUCAAUUAUCAAAAGAUGGAGUUGGAAUUUGUUUCCCUGAUAUCAAACUCGAUAAUUCCUCUGCCAUUCCAGACAUUUUUCCAAAUAAUGGGAGCAAUACUUAUGAUGUUAAUGGUGUUAAAACUGAUGGGUAUUUUGCACUCGACUUUACUUUUGAGACCCUCUCAACAAUCCCAUUGGUUCAAGGGAUUUAUAGUCGAAGUCCUGCUUUUAAUGGCAUGUCCACAAUUCAAAGUGUUGAGGACGUGUUUAUGCAGAAUGAACCUGCAGGUUUCUGGUUAAAUGUUCAGAACAAUGAAUUCUAUAGCCAGCACAACUUGAGCAUGAGGACCUUUAUUAUCAAUGCUUCACAGAACAUAACCAUCACCCACGUCUCAUCACCUGAUGCCGGUUUUUUGCAAGGACUUGUAAGGCCAUUAGCAGGAAAUAGACAGACCAGAACAAAACUGAUAUUUCGUUUUCUUGAAAAGGAUGAAACAGAACCUUCAACCAACCAGACUUAUGAUUCUCUCUUGAAAAAUCUUACUAUGAUUAAGUCGUUUGCUGCUGGAAUCCUUGUCCCGAAGAGUUAUAUAUGGCCUCUUGAUGCAUCCUCGUAUCUGCUGCCUCAUACUUCUCUGGUGGAUGAUGCUCAUAAAAUUGGACUUGAAGUUUUUGCAGCGGAUUUUGCAAAUGAUGUACCUAUUGCCUACAACUACAGCUACAAUCCAGUAAAUGAGUAUCUUAACUUCAUUGACAACGGGGACUUCUCUGUGGAUGGUGUUCUGUCUGACUUCCCGAUAACCCCGUCAGAAGCGAUAGAUUGCUUUGCACACCUUGGCAAGAAUGCAUCAGCACAAGCUGCGCCCUUGGUUAUAUCUCACAAUGGAGCAAGUGGAGACUUCCCUGGCUGUACUGACUUAGCAUAUAAACAGGCUAUUACUGAUGGCGCUGAAGUGAUUGAUUGCCAAGUUCAAAUGUCAAAGGAUGGUGUACCUUUCUGUUUGAGCUCUGCCAAUCUCAUGAAUAACACAGACGCGACACAAUUCAGGAACCUUAUGUCAACUGUUAAGGAAAUUCAGCCUGCUGCUGGACUAUUUACAUUCAGUCUGGAUUGGGCUGAUAUUCAAGGCUUAACUCCGGCAAUUACAAGCCCAUACUCAGGCUCGCUUCUGCUCAGAAACCCAAAAAACAGGAAUGCAGGAAAAAUCAUGUCCUUGGCUGACUUCUUGGACCUAGCAAGAAAUUCUUCAUCACUUUCUCGCGUGUUGAUCAAGAUAGAGAAUGCGCAAUACUUGGCAUUGAAGCAGGGAAUGAGUAUAAUUGAUACAGUUUUGGAUGCCUUAGACGAAGCUGGUUACAACAGUACAACAGCAAAAAAGGUUAUGAUUCAGUCCACCAGCAGUUCAGUCCUUAAGGCAAUAAAGGGGAGUAAUUAUGAACUUGUCUAUGAAGUCGACGAGAUAAUUAGUGGGACUGACAACGAUACUAUUUCAGAGAUCAAGACCUUUGCUGAUUCUGUGGUUCUUGACAGGAAGUCUAUCCUUCCAUUCAAUGCAGACGGGUUCCUUGAAAAUAUGACUGAUGUUGUGCCACGGUUUCAGGCACUUAAGCUUCCUGUUUAUGUUCAGGUUCUCAUGAAUGAAUUUACAAGCAUACCUUUCGACGCCUUCUCUGAUCCAAUAGUCCAGAUAAAUACAUUCGCCGCUGCAGCUAAUGUUGAUGGUGUCAUCACAGACUUCCCGAAAACUGCUGCUUCAUACAAGAGAAAUCUGUGUCUGAAGAUGAAAGAAUUACCGACUUACAUGACACCAGUUCAGCCUGGUGGUCUGUUGGCAGUAGUUGGCCCGGGUCCUGCAGCACCUCCUACACCCCUCCUCACCGAGGAAGAUGUGGAGCAGCCGCCUCUUCCUGCAGUUGUGCCAGUAAGCGACGCAUCUGCACCAACAACAGCACCAGGAACAACAAAAAAUAGCCAACAUAAAGUUGCUGUUUCUGCAUUAUUAUCCCUGCUGUCAUUGACCGCGGCAGCUGCUGUUCUGUUCUGAUAGAUUUUGUUAGAAGGAAGUUCUUCGUACAUACUUGAUUGUUUUGGAGUCUCCCAUACAUGUACUUUUUGUGCAUUCUACACCAUUUGUAUUAUGAUUUUACGAGCCCAUUUUUUUAUUGAAAUUGUGAGUAAAUUCCUCAAUAUACAAUUUCUCAGAGUAAUCUUUUUGUUUUAGUUUUCAAAUAUAAUCAAGCUAAUCUUUU